AUGGGGUUCACUGUUGCACAAAGACUUGUUCUAAUUGUUGCUGUAGCUUCCAUUUUGACGGUCUCAAAGGCUGGCGGGUUUGAUUUGGAUCACAAAAAUGGUUCUCGAAAAAUCGUUGUGGGUGGCCAAGAACACUGGCGCUUCGGCUACAAAUACACCAGUUGGGCUCUGAAAACUCCUUUCUGCGUCGACGAUGUUCUUGUUUUCAAGUAUGAUGCUCCGAACGCUACCACAUUUCCUCACAGCGUUUACUUGUUGCCUGAUUUUGUUAGUUUUCUUGAUUGUGACCUUUCAAGAGCCACGCUGGUCGCAAACACCACACAAGGCGGUGGCGACGGCUUUGAGUUUGUGCUGAAGGAUUGGCUGCGCCCUUACUACUUUGCCUGCGGUGAAAACAAAGGCCUCCAUUGCAAGGAUGGCAACAUGAAGUUUGCGGCUGUGCCAUUACUCCGUCAUUAG